AUGCUCACUGCCGUCCGGGUCUGCUGCUCAUCGCGCGGUCUUUCUCCCCGCCCAAGUUUUAAAUAAGAAUCUUCGUCUCCCCCGCUUCCUCUUCCUCUGCUCGAGCCUGCUUCCCGACUGCUUUCCCUUUCCUUCUUCCUCCUCCUCCUCUUCCCACUACCCCCCUGCCCGCCUCCAUCUACUAAUCCACAGCCCUCGUCACAAUGUCCCGCGACAGAAAGAAAUCCACCCCCAUCAUCAACUUCCUCUCCGGAGGAACUGCUGGUCUCUGCGAGGCCCUCUCCUGCCACCCCCUCGACACCAUCAAAGUCCGCAUGCAGCUCGCGACCAAGGCCGUCGAUGGCGCAAAGCGCAUCGGCUUCUUUGGCACUGCCUCCUCGAUCAUCUCGCACGAGGGCUUCUUCGCGCUCUACAAGGGUCUCGGCGCAGUCAUCACCGGUAUUGUCCCGAAGAUGGCUAUCCGCUUCUCCUCCUUUGAGAGCUUCAAGGGCCUGCUUGCCAACAAAGAGACCGGCAAGACCUCCGCGACCGGCAUCUUCUUCGCCGGUUUGUUUGCCGGUGUGACGGAAGCCGUUCUCGUCGUCAACCCCACCGACGUCGUCAAGAUCAGACUGCAGGCCCAGGCGCACGCCCCAUCCGAAGCCCUUGCCGUCGACGCUCCCCGAUACCGCAACGCCGCCCACUGCGCCUACACAAUCGUCCGCGAGGAGGGUGUCAGGGUCCUCUACCGCGGUGUCGUCCUCACUGCUCUGCGCCAGGCCACCAACCAGGCUGUCAACUUCACCGCCUACACCGAGCUCAAGGCCUACGCCGCCAAGAUCCAGCCAGAACUACAAGAUCUCCCCUCAUACCAACACAUGGUCCUCGGUCUGAUCUCCGGAGCCCUUGGUCCUCUCUCCAACGCGCCCAUCGACACCAUCAAGACCAGAAUGCAGCGUGAAAAGGCCACUUCGGGCGAGACCGCUAUCGGACGCGUGUCCCGGAUAUCAAGCGCCCUCAUCCAAAAGGAAGGCUUCCUCGCCUUCUACAAGGGAAUCACCCCCCGUGUCAUGCGUGUCGCUCCUGGCCAGGCCGUGACCUUCGCCGUCUACGAGCAGGUUUCCACCUUCCUCGAGGGAUUCCCUAUACUCUCGGGAAAGAAGCCCGUUGCCAUUCUUGAGUAGCUUUCAAUCAUCUAGACAUUUUUUUUUAUUUUGAUCAAUCUUUUUGGUUUGCAUUUUCGUGUACAGUAUGUGCGACAUGUUUUAAUAUAAUGAAGCAAAUAAAACAACAAUUUGAUCUGUAAUGAUUAUUAUCUGAUUAUUAUCUUAUC